AUGUCUGUGCGCAACGCGGUUGUAACGGCUGCGUUUUCUCUCCUGGCGGUUCUUUCUAUGAGCAGCUUGGUGCAUGCACUGGAUGUUAACAGCAGUCUAAGGAAGGCCGUCCACAAGAGAAGCAGCCAGGAGAGGACUUUGUCAAAUUCUUCAGACCCUGAUCUCAAGCAAUUGGACAGUGCACGUCCAUUGCGUCGCACAAAAAGGAGAUGGGUCAUUACCACCCUAGAACUUGUGGAAGAAGACAAAGGACCAUUCCCAAAAGCUAUUGGAGAGCUCUUCAAUGAUGUUGCACAGGACAUGAAUAUAAAAUAUUUUAUUAGUGGACCAGGUGUGGAUGAAUAUCCAGAGGCUGGAUUGUUUUCUAUUGAAGAUGAUGCUAACGGACAUGUAUAUGUCCAUCGUACCAUUGACCGAGAGAGCACCCCAUCUUUCAUGAUACGUUUUGAUGUCGCAGACAGGCAGACUGGGGAAAUAGUAGAUAGAUCCCUUCUCUUCAAUGUUGAAAUUAAGGAUGUAAACGAUAAUCCGCCUGAGUUUCCUCAAAAGGAAUAUAACAUCACGAUGAAAGAAAAUUAUAGGAGAGAAGACUUUGUUUUCAAUGUCACUGCCUUUGACAAGGAUCAAGAAGGCACUGCAAAUUCUCAAGUGACGUAUUCCCUGGUUUCACAGACACCUCGUCUGAAACAGCCAGUCUUUACUAUUGAUUCUUCCACUGGUGUAAUACAUAGCACAGGGUGCUUGGAUUAUGAGACUGCUGGAGCUUUCCAACUUCUGAUCAGGGCUGCAGAUCAAGGAAAUCCACAACUUUCAUCAACAGCAACAAUUAAUAUUGCUGUGGAGGAUGGCAACAAUAACCUGCCUGUAUUUACUCAGGAAAAGUAUCAACUGGAUGUCCUAGAAGGCAAAAAGGAGCGUGACAUCCUUCGUCUCAGUGUGGAAGACAAAGAUGCUGCCAACACACCAGCUGGGAGAGCAAAGUAUAAGAUAGUGAAUGGAAAUGAAAGAGAGAACUUCGUCAUUGAAACAGACCCAAAUAGCAAUGAAGGGAUACUAAGCAUUGUAAAGCCUUUGGUCCAUGAUGGUACUUCUGAGAGGAAGCUUGUAAUUUCAGUGGAGAAUGAGGAACCCCCCUUCCUUUGUGAAAACGGUUUGGUGAGGACUGUUCCUUCUCCAGUGUACUCACAAACAUCUGUGGACAUCAAUAUAAUUGACAGAAAUGAUGCCCCACAGUUUAAUCCUUCCAUCCUUGUUCUUCGACAAGAAGAAGGAGUCAUGCCUGGAACUAAGAUUGGGCAAUACAAAGCAAAAGAUCCAGAUGCAGCACCCCACAGCAUAAAAUACAAAAUAGCUUCUGACCCAAAUGGUUGGGUUACCGUUGACGAAAAUUCUGGGACUGUGACGACAGCUAAAACACUUGAUAGAGAAUCACCGCACUUGAACAACAGUGUCUACACCAUUGUGAUUCAUGCUAUUGAUGAUGGUGUUCCACUGCAAACUGGCACAGGUACCAUCCAGCUUUACCUGGCUGACCUUAAUGACAAUGCUCCAAUGCUAGUUGCGCCAUUUUUGGUGGUUUGUGAAGGAAAAGUAAAAGUACCUUUCCGUAUAAAGGCAGAAGACAAAGAUUCCCAUCCAUAUGCAGAACCUUUUACAUUCCAGAUAGUGGAGACCUUGGAGAAUAUGGGAAAUUCUUGGAAACUGGGAGAGAAUUUUGAUGAUUCUGUUGAGCUCUUUAUGAUGGAGAACCUUCUACCUGGCAAUUAUUCAGUGCCUCUUCAUAUUUCAGACAAGCAGGGGUUUUCUAGGGAGCAGACCUUGCAUGUUACAGUAUGUGUCUGCCAGGAUGGGAUGACGUGUGAGCAGAAGAGUGCACGGGCCUCCGGAUCAGUGGGUCUUGGAGGGGGAGCCAUUGGAGCAAUCUUAGCUGCAUUCCUCUUAUUGAUAUUGGCUGUGUGUCUCCUACUGUGGUGUUCCAGAAGCAUGAAAUCUGAGAAAGGCCAACCUUUCAUCCCUUAUGAAGGAGGCAACCAGUCUCUGAUCCAAUACAAUGAAGAGAGUCAGCAUGUUUUGUCUGAGGACACGCCUGAUUUGAGGAUUCAUGCUGUAUCAUCCCCAAUGUAUGCACAAAUUUCAAAAGAAAAAUCACAGACUGCUAAGGAAGUACCUGGAGUGACUCCCUCACAUUCACGAACAUCCAGCCAAGUGCAUUAUGAACAAAGCCUGUUUGAUGGAGUUGGAAUGAUGCAAGCACAGGUUGCAGCAAAAAAUGGAAGGAUAGUGCCACCCCUAACUAUCCAAGAGAAUUUCCAAUCUAGUCCAGAUUGGGUUCAGGCAACCAGGUUUCCUCAAAGCAGUAAAAUAUACUGGCAGAAGCCUCAUGAUCCAGUUUCCGAAGCGGUGGGCAGAAUCUUAAAACAGAAAGUUGAGUAUGUCAGCAACCUAGAGGACAACAUGGUCUCUUACUCCCCCCGCGUUUAUGCACGGGAAGGACCAUUGGAGAAAAACGCAUCUUCUUGGUCCCUACCUGUGCCAAAUGAUUUUGACAAUAACAGCUUACCUCCUGAUUUCUUGGACCAGUUGGGACCUCGGUUUCUCGCUCUGGGCAGAAUCUGCAGCAAGUGAUUGACUGUGCUCUGUGCCUUUAGGAAGCCUGGAUCCUUCCAGAUUCAUCUGAACCUGAAAAUGCAUGUGCACGCGAGCCUGCUCUGGAAGAUGAUUGAGGGAAUACGUUUUUUCCUUUUGUGGAGGAACUAAACUGACUUUUGAAGAACAGAAGAAUUCAGGGACUCUAAUCUUCUAUCCUCAUGUUAUGAAUCUUCCCAAGCUUUCAAACCUGUAGGAGAAUUUCUCUCCUUUCCCUUUUCUUAUGUAUUAAUACAGGUUGUUUGCUGAUAAGGUAGAACAAACCUAUGCCCUUAUUUGUUCUUUCCACUCCCCUAACCCCAUAGUCAUCUUGCCCAAAGAGCUCUGUCAUCUCUGCAAAAGCACAGUGCUUAUUAACCUAAAUGAGGGGGAAAGGAGAGCUAGUGAUCUAAUAUAUAGUCUGGGAGGUGAGGAUUCCUGUAGGGCUGUGGCAUGCAUUGUUGCAAAGAGUUGUUACCUAGCUCCUUGCUCAAUGUCUACUUUCUUGAGGUAGCUGUUAAGCAACGAGGGCAUACUGAACAGCUUUUGUAGUAAAGGAAGAUAAAUGAAGCCACUCUUCCUGAUGUCCAGCAAGUAUCUGAAGAUUUAAGAGAGUGACUUCAUUUCUUUCUUCUGGAUACACAACUGCAGAUGAGAGCAGCCUGCUCUCAGUAAAAGUGUGAUAGCUGGGACCGAGUGCUGGUAGCGCUAUGCUGAUUCCGUAAUGUUGCUUCCCCAACGCUGACAGUGCAAUCCAGUGGCAGGAUACCACUGAACUCAAUUGACGCAGGUGGGACACAGAUAACAGUGAAGUAAUGCUUCCCUGUUUAUUGUUCCCGUCUUUCUGUCUCCCCCCUUUCUGACCUGUGUUGAGCUUGUCUUGUGUUCCCAUGAACUAUCUUGCCAACUCUGUCCCACCUGCGUCUCUCACUCUGCCCGGUCUCACUCCGCCCGCUCUCUCAACCAUGUGGUCACACACGUGUUCCUCAUUCACAACCAACGUUCCAGAAUCAGCGUAGCACUACCAGCACUCGGU